GAGGGAGAGUAUAUGAUUAGAUUAGAGUUCCAUUGAAAUUCACUUUCAACUCCACCCAAAAUUAGGGUUCCUCAGCCGCCGCCGCCACCGCCGCCACCGCCACCGUUGCUCUGCAAUUGACAUGAACUAUAGAUUUCAAAAUUUGCUUGGGGCGCCGUAUCGCGGUGGGAAUGCCGUCGUCGUGAACAAUACUUUGCUGAUUUCGGCGGUAGGGAAUAGAGUUUCGGUCACCGACCUAGUCAAAUCGGAGACGGUAACCCUCCCCUUCCAAGCUUCUACAAAUCUACGCCGCAUCGCAGCAUCACCGGACGGCGUGUUCCUGUUGACAGUGGACGAGAACAACCGUUGCUUGUUCAUAAACCUCCCCCGCCGCGCGGUUCUGCAUCGCCUCUCGUUCAAGCAUCAAGUCGGCGACGUGAAAUUCAGCCCUAACGGACGGUUCAUCGCCGUCGCCGCCGGCAAGCUCCUCCAGAUAUGGCGUUCGCCAGGGUUUAGGAAGGAGUUCUUUCCCUUCGAACUGGUUAAAACCUUCGCCGACUGUAAUGACCGUAUAACGUCGCUGGAUUGGAGCCCUAACUCGGAUUAUUUAGUUGUUGGCUCCAAAGAUUUGGCCGCGAGGCUUUUCUAUUUCGAGGAAUCCAAGACUAAGAAGAAGAACAAUAACAGUAAGCCAUUCUUAUUUCUAGGUCAUAGAGAUGUGAUUUUGGGGGCGUUCUUUGGUGUAGAUAAGAAAACAAAUUCCGUUUCAAAAGUUUAUACAUUAUCCCGCGAUGGUGCGAUUUUCAGCUGGGGAUAUCCCAAAUUUGAGCCAAUGGAGGAAGAAUAUUCGGAGCCGGAGUCGCCGGGGACGCCGGACGUCCGGCGGGGCCAGAACGGGGAAUUAGUUAAUUUGAAGAAAAGGAAGGAUAUGGAACACGAUACGAAUGAUUCAGAUGAAGACAUAGGGCCUUUGUUGCAUAAUUUGAAGUGGGAAUUGCUGAAGAAGGAUUUUUUCUUGCAAGCUCCGGCAAAGUUAACAGCCUGCGACUAUCACAGAGGUCUUGAUAUGGUAGUGGUUGGAUUCUCUAAUGGAGUGUUUGGCCUUUAUCAGAUGCCCGAUUUUGUUUGCAUUCAUCUGUUAUCGAUUUCACGAGAGAAGAUCACGACGGCUGUGUUUAAUGGUCUUGGAAACUGGUUAACAUUUGGAUGUGCAAAGCUCGGGCAGUUGCUGGUGUGGGAGUGGAAAUCAGAGAGUUAUAUUCUUAAGCAGCAGGGCCAUUAUUUCGAUGUGAAUUGCAUUGCUUAUUCGCCGGAUUCGCAGUUAUUGGCUACUGGGGCAGAUGAUAACAAGAUCAAGGUUUGGACUGUAUCUUCUGGCUUUUGUUUUGUUACAUUCUCCGAGCAUACGAAUUCUGUGACAGCACUGCAUUUCAUGGCUAAUAAUCAUUGUCUCCUGAGUGCAUCUUUGGAUGGGACUGUUCGUGCGUGGGAUUUGUUCCGCUACCGUAACUUUAGGACAUUUGUGACUCCUACGCCGAAGCAAUUUGUUUCUCUAGCCUCGGAUCAGAGUGGCGAAGUGAUUUGUGCUGGAACUCUCGAUUCAUUUGAGAUAUUUGUUUGGUCGAUGAAGACGGGCCGGCUGUUGGAUGUUCUCAGUGGCCAUGAAGGCCCUGUUCACGGGUUAAUGUUUUCACCCACUAAUGCUAUUUUAGCUUCAUCUUCUUGGGACAAAACGGUUCGCUUGUGGGACAUUUUUGAGGGAAGAGGUGGUGUCGAAAAGUUCGAUCAUACUCAUGAUGUCCUAACCCUUGCCUAUCGUCCGGACGGUAAACAGCUCGCCUGCAGCACUCUGGACGGGCAAAUCCAUUUCUGGGAUCCUCUUGAAGGCGUUGAAAUGUAUACGAUCGAAGGCCGCAGAGACAUUUCCGGAGGGCGUCUUAUGACCGAUCGCAGAUUGGCUGCUAACUCCUCUGCUGGAAAGUGCUUCACAACAUUAUGCUAUUCUGCUGAUGGCAGCUACAUAUUAGCUGGGGGAAGUAGUAAAUACAUUUGCAUGUACGAUGUCGCCGAACAGGUAUUGUUGCGGAGAUUCCAAAUAACCCUCAACCUAUCGUUAGACGGAGUUCUUGAUUUCUUGAACUCAAAAAAAAUGACCGAAGCAGGGCCAUUGGAUUUGAUAGAUGACGACGAUAGCGACACGGAAGAAGGCAUAGAUAAGCAAACGCGGAAUAAACUGGCGUAUGAUUUGCCAGGAUCCAUGCCCAAUCACGGGAGGCCUAUUAUUCGAACAAAAUGCUUGAGAAUAGCACCAACUGGCCGAAGCUGGGCAGCCGCAACCACAGAAGGAGUGCUUCUCUAUUCGAUGGACGAGUCGUUUAUCUUUGACCCCACUGAUCUUGACGUCGAUGUUACACCUGAAGCAGUCGAUGCAGCUCUGAAAGAUGAACAACCAAAACGGGCGUUAAUCCUCAGUCUUCGAAUGAACGAAGAUGCACUAAUAAAGAAGUGUAUUGUCGCGGUUGCUCCUGCCGAAAUUCCCGCUGUUGCUGCUUCAGUACCCUUUCGGUAUUUGCAGAGGUUAGUCGAAGCACUAGCUGCCCUUCUGGAAAAGUCUCCGCAUCUGGAAUUCAUCCUCCGAUGGUGUCAGGAGCUGUGCAAGGUCCAUGGGAGCUCGAUUCAGCAAAAUUCUAGAAAUCUACUUCCUGCUCUUAAAUCCUUGCAGAAGGUUAUCACUCGAUUGCAUCAAGAUUUAGCUGACACUUGUUCGUCCAACGAGUAUAUGCUUCGGUAUCUAUGCUCUACGAGUAACAAGAGAUAGCUCAGCACACACGUCGCAAUCUGAAUCAACUCACUGGUUAAUCAUCUUCAUCUUUGCAUUUGCACAAGGACUUACAGCAAUCUCAAAAUCAACAAAGGGCAAUAGACGAGCAUCUGGUUGCCGGAGGAAGCCAUGCACCGGGAUCGUAUUCUUUGUUGCUUGCCGGGUCAUAUUUGUCGGGUCGGGUAAAGUUUCCAUCUGAGCAUAAAUUUAUUUACAGUUUUGUAAGAUCUUUUAAGGUUAGUUGGAUUAUAGUAUUUAUAUGUAUGUAUGUCAUUGGGGUUUCAAUUUCUUCCCCAAGAAAUUUUGGUUAUUGAGAGUGUUUGCAUGGACGUGAGAUUUUUGUUGUUCUUUACAUGAUGAGGGAUAUUUCGUAAGGUAUUGUUAGAAUUAGUGAUUUUUUUAUUUAAACUUUGAUAUAUAUAUAUAUAUGUAUAUA